AUGUCUUCGGCCGACCCUCUCCAGGUUAUUGUGGUUGGAGGUGGCAUCGCAGGGCUGUGUACAGCCAUUGGACUGCGUCGUGCUGGCCACCAUGUCCGCCUCUUUGAACGAGCGCCGACCGCCACAGCUUUCGGGGCCGGAGUAGUGAUCGGCUACAAUGCCUCCAAGGUCCUUACCUCAUGGGAACUGGACUACGAGAAGUACCACAUCAACGUUGCCGAGACGUUCAAAAUGGUCAAGGGCGACACGUUCGAGGAGAUAAUGAGUUUCCCUCCAGGUCUAUACGAGAAACUCGCGGGUGGGAGCCGACAAUACUACGCCCAUCGCAUCGACCUCCAACAGGCCUUACUCGGCCUCGCAACUCAGCAAGAUGCGCUCGGAAAGCCCGUGACCAUCACAUACUCUGCUGAUGUUGUAGCCUACGAUCCUGAGGAAGGAAGCAUUACGCUCAGAGACGGUACCACACACAAGGCGGAUCUGGUCGUUGCAGCUGACGGCGUGCACUCCCUUGCGCCGCACUAUCUGCUCGGCUCGGGCGCCCCGUCGUACGACAUCUCUCACACAGGCACCACAAUCAUUCGUUUCAUGCUUCCCUCUUCUGCCAUACUUUCCGAUCCGCAGACUGCUCACCUCAUUUCCUCCUCUGGACAAUUUACCUGGUUCGUCCACCCAGACCGCAAUCGCUGGCUCUUGCAAUAUCCCGUCCGGGACAACAGUGAGAUCAACUACGGUAUGUAUUCCCGCGUGACGGCCAACGAACAGGUUAUCGAGCAGGUGUCCCGAUUUAAAUGCAACCGCGAGAGUCUGCGUCGUGAACUCGAAGGGUUCCAUCCCGACAUUGGAAAGCUUGCGGACAAAACGAGUGAGAUUCUGCCGGUAUGGAAGCUGGCCGAGAGACCGCCCCUUCCGACGUGGUUCAAAGGGAGGCUGGUGGUGGUGGGCGACGCGGCUCAUCCAAUGCUCCCGAAUCAGGGUCAGGGUGCCGGCAUGUGUAUCGAGGACGCGGGCGCCUUGGGCACCCUGUUCACCCAGAUGCGCGAAAACAGUCUAGGAAGCAUCACCAAGAGGCUGGAGCUGUUCUUCAACUUGCGACACCCACGAGCUUCGGCGGUGCAGUUGAUCAGUCACUGUCCGUACUUCGAGGACGCCGUGGGGAUCAUGUGGGACGAACUGAUCAAGGUGGCGAAACCGCAAGACUUGCCCCGGGUCAACGACAGGAACAAUAUCAGAGAGUGGCUGUUUGCCUAUGACGUGAAUUCUGAAGCAGAAAAGGCUCUUGAGGCACGAAUGCGUUCGUAG